CGGUCCAAAUCUGUUGCAGAGACGCAGACAGGUGGUCCGACAUGUCAGACGGGUCACUGUGGUCUGUUACUGGGAUUAACAUGGAUUGACAGGGGUCCACCGUGUCGGUGUGUGUGUGUGUCAUAGGGCACGAGCUCACAGGUGAACUCGUCAGACAGGUUUGGACGGAAAGCCUUUUGUUCAGUUAUUUCUGAGGGCGAUGUUGGAAAGUUAACAUGAAUAUAGUCGCAACUGUAGCGCUUCUACAGCUGUGUUUAUCUGCCACAGCCUCAGUUUCGGAUAAAGACCCCACCGAAACUGUCGUUACAGCCGAUCCCGGCGACGUAGUCAUACUUCCGUGUUACAGUGGCGGGAACCGAACACCUUCGUGGACGACGUGGACGAAAAAUGGACAGAAACUCGGCGACGCGUCCACGAACUCCGAGGCUCGCUUCGCCGUGCUGCACGACGGGAGCCUGAGGGUCGGUGCGGCGAAGGUUGGCGAUGAGGGCAGCUACCUGUGCACCUCCACUCUACCUGGCAACAGCACCUUCCAAGCACGUGCGCUGCUUCAAAUAGCCAGUGGACCAAAUAAUGCGUCUAUGCUCAUUUUCCCUUGUAUUACACUACCCAACGGGACACUCUUCACCAGUCAGGACACCUUUGUCCAUUUCCACUGUGCCGCCUCGUCUUACCCAUCCCAGCAGCUGAGCUUGAAGUUCAGUGGAGCUCCGUCCAGCAACAACACACUGAACUCCACCUCACAGUCCUCGCUGGACUUCAGGAUUAAGAGCAUUCAGCGCAGCUCUCAAGGAGUUUACACCUGCAGUGCCAUCAACACCGUGUCCAACCGGACGGUUAAUAGAAGCACAGAGCUACUGGUGUAUCAUGUCCCGGAUACACACCCUGACUGCAUGUGGGUCCCGUCGCAGGACCUCUCCUCCAUCCAGCUGAACUGCUCCUGGUUUGGAGCGUACCCCGCCCCGAAGCUGCGCUGGGGGGAAGACGGCAACUUCCAGGAGACGGAGGACCUCUCUGUGAGGCUGAACAGCUCCCGGGUGUCCGACGGGCAGAAGGUGAAGUGCACGGCCAUGCACAAACUGCUCGUAGAAGGAAACGAGAGGUCGUGCUCGCUCACCCUCAAGUCUCCGUACCCUGAAGGCGACCCGAUGCUCGUGGCUGUACAAGGAAAAAACGUAACUCUAAUCUGCACUGAGACCGCAGCCUCCCCCCCUGCUAACAUCACAUGGAGAAAAGGGGUGCCGCAAACCAGCAUCGAACCGGGAUCAAAGUACGUCCUGUCUGACCAUGGCCCCAACUACCAACUGACCAUACUGAACGUCAGCAAGGACGACGAAGGCUGCUAUUACUGCCACAGCCAGAACCAGCUCGGAGCCAAGGACCUGGAGGUCUGCCUCACUGUGAAAGCAUCCUCCGCGUACACCGGGGGGAUCAUCGGCGUCUUCAUUGCAUCUCUGAUCGUUGGCUCGGCUGUAGUCAUAGCAAAAGUCCUUUAUUCCAAGAGACACCAAAUUUGUCUGGGGGGCCUCAGGGACGAGGACAGGGACGACGUCCUGAGCCUGGUGGAAUCGGACGAUGAACGGGUGUUUCAGGACACCGUCCCCCAGCUGCCUCCGUUAGCCAACGGUCGGCACACGACGCUUGUGGAAGUACAUCGGAUCCCCUCCUGCGAUCACGAGGAGGCAGAACCUACGGACCUGAGCCCACAGCAGCCAGAAGACACUGAACACACAGAACCAGAGGAUCUUGUAACAUUUUAGUUUGCUCACCAGAUACAGAUCGAUUCACUUUAAGAUGAUUUGAAUCCAGAAAGAUUCGCAACAAACCUUGAAGCAACGAUGAAACUAAAACCAGGAAUGGUGGAACAAACCGUUAUAUGAUCUGUUGAGACUGGUGGUUUAAAUCUCAGUGCAUGACUCGUUCCUGAUGCUUCACACCCUGUCAGAAAAAUAAACAUUUAUAUACGGAAUGGUUUGUUAGACAAAGUAGAUAUGUCAUUUUGUAAACCGAACUGCUUUUGAAAAUAAAAACAAAUUUCCACUGCACUAAAGUGAACUCAUUGUUUCAAAUA